AUGGGUAUUGCCGACAUCCUCGACGAGAUUGCCAAUGCGUCGAGGUCUCGUCCUCAUGUCGACAAGGUUAUAGAGCCUCCUCCUCAAGCCCCAGAAAGCAGACCCUGUCUUUCACGUGCUUCCCUACCUGGUUCAGCCCGUACCACCUACCAAAUAGCAAAGGGAACGACGAAAAGUCGUCUCGAAGGUCGUGGUACUCCAGGGGCAGGGGGUUCUCAGACUGCUUCUAGCUCCAGGGGCAACUCCAACAAACAAGCCCCGGCCGUUGCUUCUUCAAGGUACAACAGCCCCAGCGGAUGUCCCACACAGCCCAGGGCGGGCAGCGGCCCCACUCGCACCCCACGCACCACCAGUGCCCGUGCGGAUCCUCUCGCCAAGCCGAACCGAAACCCGGGUCCUUCCGACCGCCGUUCGUCUGCUACUUCUCAACCGCCUGUCCGCAAGCAGCAGACCACGAAGCCUGCGAAGCCCAGGGAACCCACAGACAGUACUGCCACCAAAAAGCCUACAACUGCAUCGUCCUCUCGUGCCGCUGCUCCAUCCAUCAAGGCCGAAUCUAAACAGCCGCUCCAACCCGUCGACGGACCCGUCACACCUCCGGACGACCCCGACACAACAGAUUGCGAGUCUCUGUUCGGCGAUUCUGUGCUUGAAAGCAUUAAGGAGCGCCCAAAGCCCGCUCGUUUCCGUCGGGGCAAAGGCUCGCAGCUGAAGAAGAUCAUCGGCCAGACAAAACGCGAAGCCACGUUUCGGAGACAAGCACAGGCACAGCUUCAAGCUGAAGCCGCCAAACGAGCCGCGGAAAAGGCCAAAGAAGCAGAGAUUGAGGCUGAGAGACGGGCAAAAUCCGCCAGAAGUGCCGGAGCCGCGAGAGAAGCUACCCCCUCGCUCACCCCCUUGCUCGCCCCUACGGUCAUCCCGGCCGGUGCCAAACAAACGCUCAUCGGAGAGGUGAAGCUCAACAACGACAGCCCAUUGUCGACACUCUUGGCCACCUCAGGCGCCGAUAUGGACCCACCAAAGCAUGGCAACUACCCCAUCAUUCUUAGUGAUGCUUUACUAGGCAAGGCGUCCAAAGAAACAGUCAGUGGCAUUCGCUACAAUCACAAACCGGCGCUCUCGUCUGACAUUGCCCCGAGCCAAUCAAGGCUCAAGCGGUCCGCGAAGGAUGGUUCGUACAACCUCGGCUUCGAUGAUAACGGAGACAAGUAUCAAUACAAGGGCGUCCGCACUGCAGCAGACGGCCAAUACGUGCUCGUCUUCGACCCAGACCGCAAUGCUUUCGUCCUUCACCAGGUCGAUUCAAUGUUCAACAUGAACAUCGCCAAAACACCGACCGACACCAAUGCCGCCAGGCAGUUCCCUCCUUUGGAUGUCAAGGGUACUGUUCUCGACAAACCGGCCCCGAAGCAAAAGGCAUCAACCGCCGCAUCCAAGAAUAAGGAAGCGCCUGCCAAGAACGCCCCUGCUGGCAGGGGAAGAGGAGGAAAGUCAGCCCAGAACAAGCAGAAUCCCGCAACAUUACCUCCCUCCAAGCCUGCCUCGCCGCCGCGUGCAGGUGCAGAGGGACACGCGACCAAGCACCGCAAGCCAACAUCCGCUGAUUCCGAAGACGAGGAUGAGGAUGACGAUGAUGGUGGCUUGACAAUAGAAUACCCCGAUGGUCCUCCACCAGAACGGUUCAAGCCAGCAGUCAACAAGUAUGCUUCUCCUGCUCUCGCCCUGACCCGGCGCUUUUCCGAGUUUGCGGCCGCUUAUAACCCGGACGAGGAAGAGGACGUCAAUAUGGACGCCGAGUUCGAGUCUCGGUUCAAUGAAGACGCCGAUGGAGAAGGUGGUGGAUACGAGGAUGAUGAUGAGGAAGAGGAGGAAGACGAGGACAUGGUGGAUGCUUUGGCCUUACCCAGCCCGAUCAACAAACCAGCGGCAUUAGCAAGGACCAAUAGCUACCACGAGAACCCAUUGCCUCCUCCUGACCGCUUCAGUUUCGACGAUGGCUCCGAUAUGGAGGCAGAGUUCGAGAACGUUCAAGAAUCAGCGCCGGUCAAUAACCAGGCUAACGCCGCUGAUGGUAUUGAUGAUGCCGAAAUUGCUGCUAUGGAGGCGGAACUUGCGAAGGACAUGGAGAGUGACGUUAGCGAGGAGGAGUAAUCCCGUUCCCGCACCUCGGCAUUUUUAAUCAUGGGGUAUAAUUGGUUCAGCAUCUUGAACCUCGUCGGAUAAAUGCAUUUAGUUAUGGCUAUGGAGUUGUCAGCAUUCUGCAAGGGCUGGGCCUUUGGGGAAUUAAGAAAGUUGGCGUUAGGUUCACAACGGAGCAGUUGGUAAUGAGCAGCGAAAAGUUGAACAGAGGAGGUAAAGUUAGCGAUAAAGUAGUUAUAAUCGGCUUUCAGCCGCUACCAGGUAGGUAGAUCUACUUAUGGAUGGCGAUCGGUGGAGCAUAGAAACGGGCUGUAGCCCGGGUGGGAUAUCCUUUGAUGAUAUCU